GUAAAAAAGGUUGUUUUGUUUUGCUACAAAUAGGAGGCCAUCUCGUUUAGCAUUUCAUUUCAAAACCCAAAAAUCAAAACAAGGAAAUAGGAAAAGAAGAAUCCUUGAAAUUAUUUAGCAUUUACAGGCGGAAUAAUGGCGGAUCAGUUGACUGACGAACAGAUCUCUGAGUUUAAGGAGGCCUUUAGCCUUUUCGACAAGGAUGGCGAUGCUUAGGAUUUGCUCGACAGGUUGCAUUACCACAAAGGAGCUUGGAACCGUUAUGAGGUCCCUAGGUCAGAACCCCACCGAGGCUGAGCUCCAAGACAUGAUUAACGAGGUGGAUGCUGAUGGUAAUGGAACCAUUGACUUCCCCGAGUUCUUGAACCUGAUGGCGAGGAAAAUGAAGGACACUGACUCAGAGGAGGAGCUAAAAGAGGCAUUCCGUGUGUUUGACAAGGAUCAGAAUGGCUUCAUCUCUGCUGCUGAGCUGCGCCAUGUGAUGACAAACCUCGGGGAGAAGCUGACUGAUGAGGAAGUUGAUGAGAUGAUCAGGGAAGCUGAUGUUGAUGGCGAUGGACAGAUAAACUACGAAGAAUUUGUCAAGGUGAUGAUGGCCAAAUGAUCAGCUAGUAUGUCUCGGCAAGCUUCUAUAGAUUGAAAAAAGAAAAGAAAAUAAUGCAUGAAGAGUUGGCUUGGCUAGUCUGAUGUUUUUCAUAUCUCCAAUGAGUUUGAAUUUGUCAAGCUGAUGUUGUUGAAUAUUUCAUGAUCUGUUGUUGUCGUGACUAUUCUUUCUGAUGUGUAUUUGUGACUCCUUAUUUGCAGCAAUUCUAGUUUCCCUACUACCCCUGUAA